CACACAUACUGUAGGAGCACACAUGCCUCCCAUCCCGUCCACACUCUACAGCAGCACACACACUGUCACAUUAAACAAAUGCACCAGCUCACUGUGUAUAUGGCAUUUGCAUCAGUGCAUUUACAUUUUGUACACUCAAACUUACUCAUCACAUCAAGGCCUGAUCUCAAAGGCCAAAGCGGCUCGAUUGCCACCUGGUGGCUGGCUGCAGUAUAGGUCAGAAAUCCCACCUCCUCCAUGUUACUUGAUUAGACAUGAACCAAUUUAAAAAGUCAAAGCACAUGUCCAAUACGUUUUUCUCCAAGAGGAUAUCUGUCAUUUAGGGUACAUGUUAUCAAGUCCUCAUUGUUUUGAUGAGUUUGGUUUGUAUUAGUUAUUUGAUGCUCUAUAAUCCAAACCUGGAAUAUAGCAGAGUUCUCCUCUUACUGUGUGUCGCAGCUUGCGGAGUGUUCUGUCCGUCAGUGAAACGAUGGAGAUGGAGACAGAUUCCUGUGUGUGUGUGUGUGUGUGUGUGUGUGUCUGUGUGUGUGUGUGUGUGUACACUCCAUAUCUGCGCCUGCUUAUUUUUGUUGUUUGCCGAAGCAGUGGAUUAAUUAGUUUUUGUUUACAUGUAGCCCCCCCAAACUCAUUCGAUAUGCAUUCCAGCUAAUUAACUGCUCGGGCUAAAAAGGACAUAAUAUUAUCAUAUUAGUUUGUUGACUAAGCAGCCGUUUCACGCGUACGAUAUAUUGUAUCUACAUUUGGAUACAGCACCCCCAAAAUAAACAGAAUUCCAGAGGACGACGGCACGUCAACAGUGAUCAGCUCCAGCGUUCCACUGAGUCCUCUCCCUGCACACUUCACACACUCUUUACAUCCUGACAGUCGCUCUCGCUGCCUUUCCACUUCGUCCUAACCCCGAGUGAAAAGGGCAGAGAGGAAGUCAAACGGCUGAUGUGCUCGCUCUUCCUCCCCCUGCCCUCGCCGUCGCCGACCGGAGACCCCUCUGUUCCUCGUGGCACCUGCGCUCCAUUUCCCUCCCCCCUCCCUCCCUCUGCCCCUCCUCCAGAGAGAUAAGCGUGGAAUAGAGUGAAACAUAUGUGGAGGAUAAGAGAGCGUUUUCGGGUGGUUCACAGUCAGAGCAAAAGAAAAGGGAAAAUAAAGAGACAGGCAGGGAGGGGGAGAUGUGUGUGUUUGAUAGCACCUGCAUUCGCUUUUUCGCCUCCCUUGUUCCCAGUGGACGCCUGUCACCGUGCACUCUCUGGACUGUUUUAUCGCUCUCCCGCGCUCGCCACUUGUUCCCCCCCCACACCUCUCCGCGGCUCUCUUAUUCUCUUGCUUUCUUUACCUCUCCCUGGGUCUCUUAAGAUGUGUGUAUCGGCGACUAUGUGCGGUGCUCAUGUCUGAAAAUGAGGAGGUGAAUUCUUGGGAGCAUAAAGGAAUGUGAGCCAGAGACAAAACACGUAUUGUUUCACAGAGAGCGCUUCAUCUGCGCGGGCCAGCUCCUCUCUGUUUAGCUUGGUAAUACUUUUUGGAUCCAAGACGGCUCCACACAGCUGGAUGUGACCCAGCAGACAUUAUCUGAUAAAACUCGAAUUUCUUCCCAGACCCCCAAGCACAAGUUUUCCCAACUCCGAGAUAAGACUGUUGCUUUAAAAGAAAAAAAAAGAAAAAUAACCGAAGCAGGUUUGGGGAUGUACACACAUGGAGAUCCCAAUCAGCUAAUUAGCUUCGCUUGAUUUUUAGAACAUCUGGGAUGGAUUUUCCGUCACAACAUUUUUUUUGUACAGAGAUUUUUGUGAGAAAAUAACUUUGCAAAGGAACAUUACAGAUUGAGCGCAACUUUUUCUUUCGGAGCGUGGUUCUGUCUGCAUGGGAAUGCUACAUAUGCAUCACAUUUUGUUGUCAUGUCGUCAACAUGACAAAUACAAAGUCAUCGCAUUCUCACUCAACAUGUGUGCAUGGAUGCCAUCAUUCUGACAUGAGCCUGAUUAAGACAAUAGUCUGAGUAAGACACUGCCAUGUAAACAGCAUUUUCUUGUUUAUUCCCAUUAUGAAUAAGGUCAUAAUAGGAAUAAACAUUGAGACACAGCAUUCAGACAUAAGUUGACAUGUAAACAACUUCAUCGCAAUGUGAAUUCCUAUUGUUGUUUUCACUGCAUGCUGCGACAUCAACAUACAGCAGUUAACAAAUCCUUGAGAGAACAUGUCCCAGGUUUGAGUGGAGAAAAAGAUGAUAAUCAUAGUAACAUUAUUUUUAUACCACUUCUCUAAACAAGGUUACAAACUGCUUCACAAAAUCCAUGGCCAAAUCAAAAAUGAAUACAAAAUAAAAGAUAAGUGGAUAUUACAUUCAAUUCAAUUUUAACCCCCAAAACUUAACAUAUUAAGGUCGAGACCUUAAGAUUGUAGCAAAACCCCAAAGUUCCCACAAUGAGUAGUAGUUGAAGGUAAGAAGUAUUUGAAGCUUUUGCAAAAUUGAAAAGAAAACACAGUAGCCUCAUGCAUUAAAGUAUUCCUGUGUGUUUUUAGAUCCUGGUGGAAAUGUAAAAUGCUCUACUUAUAUUUCAUGAUCAGAGUCUGCUCUGCAACAUGUCAGCUGGAAUAUAAAUGGAAUAUUCUAUUAUCAGCUCAUUAUCAAAAUACUGUCUUGUUCAGAAUCAGGUCAAUAGUCGGAAUAUUGUUGUCUCCGUGUAAACAUCAUCACUAUUGCAUCCGUGUGCAGUCUCCCUGGUGCCGCCAUGUUACUUGUACCAUUUGCAUUGAUUCUUGCAUUAGCAUCAUUGACUGGAAGUGAUAAAAGCUUCCUUGGAUGUGACCUCAUGUGUGUCUCUGCUGCUGCCCCAGGCCAUGGUGGAGACGGUGAAUAAUCUGCUGCAGCCACGGGCCCAGUCAGCGUGGAGGGAGCUGUCCACCAGCGAGCAGCUGCACUCGGCCACUCUGCUCCUCGACACCGUGGAGACCGGUGCCUUCAUGUUGGCUGACAACCUCCUCAAGACGGACACCGUGCAGGAGACCACUGACAACAUCCAGUUGGAAGUGGCCAGGCUGAGCACGGAGGGGAACCUCGCAGACCUGACGUUCCCUCAGUCGGAGCUACAUGGAAACUCCAUCCAGCUGUCAGCCAGCACCCUCAAGCAGCACGGCAGAAACGGGGAGAUCAGGAUGGCGUUUGUCCUGUACAGGAACCUGGGCGCCUACCUGUCCACGGAGAACGCCAGCGUCAGGCUGAGCAGCGAGGCGGUCUACCCUAAUUACUCUGUUAUCGUCAACUCCCCGGUCAUCACGGCAUCCAUUAACAAGGAGAGCAACAAGGUUUACCUGUCUGAGCCGGUGGUCUUCACUGUCAAACACCUGAAGCAUUCGGAAGAAAACUUCAAUCCCAACUGUUCGUUCUGGAGCUACUCCAAACGCACCAUGAUGGGAAUCUGGUCGACGCAGGACUGUCGUCUGCUGGGCACCAAUCGCACACACACCAGCUGCUCCUGCACACACCUCACCAGCUUUGCGGUGCUCAUGGCCCACGUGGAGGUCAAGAAAGCGGACAGCAUGCACGACCUGCUCCUGGACGUGAUCACCUGGGUGGGGAUCCUGUUGUCGCUGGUCUGUUUGCUCAUCUGCAUCUUCACCUUCUGCUUCUUCCGCGGGCUGCAGAGCGACCGCAACACCAUCCACAAGAACCUCUGCAUCAGCCUCUUCAUCGCCGAGUCCCUGUUCCUGGUCGGGAUCAACAGGGCCGACCAGCCGAUUGCCUGUGCAGUCUUCGCGGCCCUGCUCCAUUUCUUCUUCUUGGCAGCCUUCACCUGGAUGUUCCUGGAAGGGGUGCAGCUCUACAUCAUGCUGGUGGAGGUGUUUGAGAGCGAACACUCCAGGACUAAGUACUUCUACCUGGCAGGAUACGGAGUGCCCGCCAUCAUCGUGGCUGUCUCCGCCGCGGUGGACUACAGGAGCUACGGCACUGACCGAGUGUGCUGGCUGCGAUUGGAUACAUACUUUAUCUGGAGUUUCAUUGGCCCUGCUACUCUCAUCAUCAUGCUCAACGUAAUCUUCCUCGGUAUUGCUCUUUAUAAGAUGUUCCACCAUACGGCCAUUCUCAAACCAGACUCUGGAUGUCUGGACAACAUCAAGUCCUGGGUGAUCGGUGCCAUAGCUCUGCUGUGCCUGCUGGGCCUGACCUGGGCGUUCGGCCUAAUGUACAUCAACGAGAGCACCGUGAUCAUGGCCUACCUUUUCACCAUCUUCAACUCGCUGCAGGGGAUGUUCAUCUUCAUCUUCCACUGCAUCCUGCAGAAGAAGGUGCGUAAGGAGUACGGCAAAUGCCUGCGCACCCACUGCUGCAGCGGCAAGAGCGUGGAGACGUCCAUCUCCUCGUCCAGUAAGACCACCACCUCGCGGACGCCGGGCCGCUACUCCACAGGCUCACAGGUGAGCUUACCUGCCUGCACACCCGGACGCUACAGCACAGCAGACUCUCAGAGUCGUAUCAGGCGGAUGUGGAAUGACACUGUGAGGAAGCAGGAGUCCUCCUUCAUCACUGGAGACAUCAACAGCUCUGCCACGCUCAACAGAGCACCUUACCGGGACACAAAGGGCAUCCUGAACAACGCAAGAGACUCCAGCGUGAUGGAUACGCUUCCUCUCAAUGGGAACCAUGCCAACAACUAUACCAUGGCCAGCAGCGAAUACCUGAGUGACUGCGUCCAGAUUCUAGACCGGAGCGGUGGAUACGGCACCCACAGCAACCACAAGGAGACCACCCUGGAGAAGAAGAUCCUCAAGGAGCUGACCUCCAACUACAUCCCGUCCUACCUCAAUAACCACGAGAGGUCCACCACCGAGCGCAACCACAACCUGAUGAACAAGCUGGUCAACAGCAGCAUGGCGAACGGAGGGAGCCUGGCGGGCGGCAGCAGCAGCAGCAGCAGCAGUGGAGUCAGUGGGUGUUUGGGCAGUGGUAAAGAGGACAUUGGGCCCAUGGUGCUGGACAACCCUGCCGCCUUCCCCCACGAGGAGAACCUGGGAUUGGAGAUUAUCAGAGAGGAGUUCAACGCUCCUCUCCUGCCGCCACGGCCCCCGCCGCCAGACAGCCACCCGCCACCGCCGCCUCCCCCGCACAGCUUCUCAAGGCCACGGCGCAUUCCCCAGGAGACCAGCGAAAGCUUCUUCCCCCUACUGACCAACGAGCACACCGACGAGCAGACGCACUCGCCCAACCACAGAGACUCACUCUACACCAGCAUGCCAGUGCUAACGGACCUCCCGGAUGGGCAGAUGAACGGCCUAACAGACGGAGAGGAAGAGAGCUCGGGGGAGCUGCAGCCCUGUAAGAGUGCCACGGCGCCCGAGCUGGAUGACGUCUACUAUAAGAGCAUGCCAAACCUGGGCUCCAGGAAUCACCUUCACGAGCUGCAGACCUACUACCACAUGGGCCGUGGUGGCAGUGAUGGAUACAUGGUGUCCGGGAGCAAAGAGGAGUCUGAUUCAUCACCCGAGGAGCCUCCCGUUGACCCCUCCCAUCUGGUUACCAGUCUAUAG